AUGAGGUUCGUCAGAGACAGUUUUUUCGGUCGGUUGUUGUACCAUGCAUCUGGGCACAAAAUCUUGGGAUACAAGGAAGAAAAGCCAGACUAUGUCAUACCUGAAAAGUAUCUCAAUGGCCGGAGCUUGGAGUUCUUGGAUCAAGAGGUUCAAAGUUCGCUGACUCUAGGCAAUGAAGUUACUGGAGCCAAAAUCUGUGAAGGCAAGCCCGAAGCCAAAGCAGAAGAUGCUCCAAUUAUAGUAGACUAUGAUGGACCAAAUGACCCAGAUAAUCCUUACAAUUGGCCGAUAUACAAAAAAAUUCUUUUCAUCCUGGGAAUUGGCAUUAUGACCGACUCGGUGUACAUGGGUUCGGCGAUUUACACUCCAGGAAUCGAGUACAUGAUGGCGGAUCUUGAUAUAACCCGAGUGAAAGCGACGUUACCAUUGGCAAUGUUCGUCAUAGGAUAUGGAAUCGGACCAAUGAUCUUUUCUCCUAUGUCAGAAAAUGCUGCUCUUGGUCGAACCUCCAUUUAUAUUGUCACGGUCUUCUUCUUUUUCAUUCUUCUGAUUCCCCAGAGUUUUGGACCAGCAACUCAUUCCCUAGCUUCACUUACUGUGCUUAGAUUUAUCGCUGGAAUUUUUGCUUCUCCAGCCUUGGGAACCGGUGGUGCUAGUGCCAGUGAUGUGGUGACGGUGCCUUAUAUGCCAAUGGGAAUUAUUGCCUGGAGUAUGGCAGGUAUAUGUGGUCCUACCCUUGGACCAUUAGUUGGUUCAGCCAUCAUUAACGCUGCGAAUGGUCUGUGGCUCUGGACUCUCAGGUUCAUGAUGAUAAUAUCUGGAGCUUCGUUUCUCUUUUUCGGGUUCACUUUACCUGAAACUCUGGCAAAGGCCAUCUUGCGCCGAAAGGCUCAGAGACUUAGAGCACUCACAGGAAACCCAAAUAUCGUCAGUGAGGGAGAAUUGGAGAACCAAAGUAUGACUCCAAGGGAAGUUGCAAUUGACACCUUGUGGAGACCAAUUGAGAUCAUGGUGUUCGAACCAGUGGCUCUUCUGAUAGACUUGUACAUAGCCUUGAUCUACUCCAUCAUUUUCUUGUGGUUCGAGGCAUUUCCCACAGUGUUUUUGGACACCUAUGGGUUCACAUUGGUCGAGUUGGGUGUCACCUACUCAAGUGUACCCAUUGGAAUGUUCAUCUCAGCUUGGUUUUACAUUGCAUACAUGUACAAAGUGUACACCAAAAAACACCUUGAAGGAAAAACCCAAAACUUGACCCCAGAAUUGUUCCUACCACCUACAAUCGUAGCAAGUGUGGUGAUGCCAAUUGGAAUCUUUAUUUUUGGCUGGAGUGCCAGCGCCAACCAACAUUGGAUUGGCUGUUUAAUUGGAGCUGCCUUGUUCGGAGCAGGAGGAUUUAUUGUGAUCCAGGCCCUAUUCAACUACAUGGCAAUGUCGUUCCCACGCUAUAUCGCUUCUGCAUUUGGUGGAAGUGCGCUUUUGAGAUCUGUAAUGGCUGGUUGCUUUCCGCUCUUCGGAGCACCGCUCUUCAACAAUCUUAAAACCAACAAGUUUCCAGUUGCUUGGGGAAGUACAAUCUUGGCAUUGAUCUGUGUUGGCAUGAUAGCCAUUCCCGUAACAUUUUAUACUUUGGGACCACGCAUUAGAGCAAAGUCCAAGUAUUCUGGAUAG